AUCUUUCCAUGGCCUUCUCCUCCGGCACCGGAAGCACAAGCAGCAGACGGGGAGGUUGGGCUCGCUCUCUCCUCCCAUUAUCGAACUCAUCUAAAUCGAAGCUGCCCAGGAAGUCUCCCCGUAAGCGAUCAUCUCCUCGUGAUUUUAUUUUCGCCAACUUCUUCACCAUUGGACUUUCGAUCUCUGUUCUCUUCUUCAUCGCCAUUGUAUUUCGCUAUGGCAUCCCAAAACCUAUCUCUUCUCCCUUCAAACCCAGAAAUUAUCGUCAACCCAAGUUUAAAAAACCAAUUUAUCGGAAACCUACAUUGUCGAAGGGCGGAAAUGAGGUCGGUUCCGCCGCUGUUGUCGAUAUCACGACGAAAGAUCUCUACGAUAGGAUCGAGUUCUUGGAUGUGGAUGGAGGACCCUGGAAGCAGGGUUGGAGGGUGACUUACAAGGGAGAUGAGUGGGAUUCAGAGAAGCUAAAGGUUUUUGUAGUUCCGCAUUCGCAUAAUGAUCCUGGGUGGAAGCUCACUGUCGAAGAAUAUUACGUUCAGCAGACCCGGCAUAUACUGGAUACAAUUGUGGAAGCUCUUUCCAAGGAUAGCCGCCGCAAAUUUAUUUGGGAGGAGAUGUCAUAUUUGGAGAGAUGGUGGAGAGAAUCCUCAGAGGCUAAAAGAGAAGCUUUUUUCAAUUUAGUCAACAAUGGGCAGUUAGAAAUUGUUGGAGGUGGUUGGGUAAUGAACGAUGAGGCUAAUUCGCAUUAUUAUGCAAUCAUUGAGCAGAUGACAGAAGGCAAUAUGUGGUUAAAUGACACUAUUGGGGCUAUUCCGAAAAAUGCUUGGGCCAUAGAUCCAUUUGGUUACUCACCUACCAUGGCAUAUCUGCUCCGGCGUAUGGGUUUUGAGAACAUGCUUAUACAAAGGACCCACUAUGAGCUGAAGAAGGAACUUGCUUUGCAUAAGAAUUUGGAAUACAUGUGGAGACAGAGCUGGGAUGUUGAGGAAACUACUGAUAUUUUUGUCCACAUGAUGCCUUUCUAUUCCUAUGAUAUUCCACACACUUGUGGGCCUGAGCCUGCUGUUUGUUGUCAGUUUGACUUUGCUCGAAGGCGUGGCUUCUUUUAUGAGCUCUGCCCAUGGGAACAACAUCCAGUUGAUAUCAACGAGGACAAUGUGCAUGAGCAAGCACUAAAACUGCUGGAUCAGUACAAGAAAAAAUCAACUUUAUUCAGAACAAACACACUUCUUAUUCCUCUUGGGGAUGAUUUUCGUUAUAUUAGCAUCGAUGAAGCAGAAGUUCAGUUUACAAAUUACCAGUUGUUGUUUGAUUAUAUCAAUUCUAAUCCCAGUCUGAAUAGUGAAGUGAAGUUUGGUACUCUGGAAGACUAUUUCCAAACCCUUCGUGAGGAGGCAGAGAGAAUUAAUUAUACCCUUCCAGGUGAGGUUGGCUCUGGACAGGUUGCAGGUUUUCCCUCGUUAUCGGGUGAUUUUUUUACAUAUGCUGACCGCCAACAGGAUUACUGGAGUGGCUACUAUGUUUCUAGGCCUUUCUUCAAAUCUGUUGAUCGUGUGCUGGAACAGACACUGCGAGCAUCAGAAAUGAUGAUUGCAUUAUUACUAGGAUACUGUCAGACAUCGCAAUGUGAAAAGUUCCCUACUAGUUUUUCCUACAAGUUGACAGCCGCACGGAGGAAUCUAGCCCUUUUUCAGCAUCAUGAUGGGGUAACUGGCACGGCUAAGGAUCAUGUAGUAGUUGAUUAUGGACAACGGAUGCAUACAUCUCUACAGGACCUACAAAUUUUCAUGUCUAAAGCUGUUGAAGUGCUACUCGGUAUCCGCCAUGAAAAAUCAGACCAGAAUCCAUCUCAGUUUGAGGCAGAGCAUGUGCGAUCAAGGUACGAUGUCCAGCCAGUGCGUAGAAUAAUCAGCCCUCCUGAAGGACGUGCACAGUCAGUGGUCGUCUUUAAUCCCUUGGAGCAAACCAGAGUUGAAAUCCUUAUGGUUAUUGUUAACAGGCCUGAUGUAACUGUUCUAGACUCAAAUUGGUCAUGUGUGAAAAGCCAAGUUUCUCCGGAGUGGCAGCACAACAAAGGCAAGAUUUUCUCUGGGAGGCAUCGUCUCUUUUGGCAAGCUUCCGUUCCAGCUAUGGGGUUGCAGACCUACUACAUUGCUAAUGGAUUUGUUGGAUGUGAAAAGGCUAAACCAGCUAAACUAAAAUUUUCCACAUCUUCCAAUGAGUUGCCUUGUUCUACUCAAUACACCUGCUCAAAAUUAGAUGGUGACUUGGCAGAAAUCAAGAACCGCCAUAUGACACUUACCUUCGAUGCCAAACUUGGUUUGUUGCAUCAAAUGAGCCAUAAGGAUGGCUCCCAAACAGUGGUAGGAGAAGAAAUAGGUAUGUACACUAGCCCUAGUAGUGGUGCCUACCUGUUCAAACCUGAUGGUGAGGCUCAGCCAAUUGUUCAAGCUGGAGGGCAGAUGGUGAUAUCCGAGGGACCUUUGAUGCAGGAAUUUUAUUCUUAUCCAAAGACAGAAUGGGACCAAUCCCCCAUCUCUCAUAGCACUCGAAUUUACAAUGGAGAUAACACUAUUCAGGAACUUCUUGUGGAGAAGGAAUAUCACGUUGAGCUUUUUGAUGAUGGUGAGAACUUCAAUGACAAGGAGUUGAUAGUUAGAUUCAAGACGGAUCUUGACAACAGACGGAUUUUCUAUUCUGAUUUAAAUGGUUUUCAGAUGAGUCGGAGGGAGACGUAUGAUAAGAUCCCUUUGCAGGGAAAUUAUUACCCAAUGCCCUCACUUGCCUUCAUGCAGAGUUUAACUGGUCAACGGUUCUCUGUCCAUUCUCGCCAAUCGCUUGGUGUGGCAAGCCUAAAAAAUGGUUGGCUUGAGGUUAUGUUGGACCGCCGUUUGGUCAGAGAUGAUGGGCGUGGGCUCGGACAGGGUGUCAUGGAUAACCGUCCAAUGAAUGUUCUGUUUCACAUUCUUAAGGAAUCCAAUAUCUCCUCUACUGCAGAUCCUGUUUCUUCACAUCUUCCCCUCAAUCCCUCACUUCUAUCCUAUUGUGUUGGAGCCCACUUGAACUACCCAAUGCAUGCAUUCAUUGCCAAGAAACCACAGGAAGCAUCUGUGCAGCUCCCGCCUAGAUCCUUCUCCCCUUUGUCAGCUCCCUUGCCCCAUGAUUUGCAUAUCGUGAGUUUCAAGGUUCCACAGCCUUUAAAGGAUUCUCAGCAGCUCCAUGGGGGUUCUAGAUUUGUUUUAAUCAUACAGAGACGACAAUGGGACUCUGCAUACUACUGUCAGAAGGGUAUGCCCCAGUGCUCAAUUAUGGCUGAUAAUCCUGUUAAUCUAUUCCACAUGUUUACAGAUCUCACGGUAUUGAAUGUGAAAGCAACUUCCUUAAAUCUCUUACACGAUGAUACAGAAAUGCUUGGGUACAUCAAGCAGUUGGGGGACGUUGCACAAGAGGGACAUGUCAUGGUGUCACCCAUGGAAAUACAGGCUUACAAACUUGAGUUGAGGCUUCAGCAAUGAGUUUGGAAUACUGCUAGACCUGUUCUUCUGGCAUUCCUCUGGCCCAGGUUGCAUUUUGGGCACUGAAAUCUUAAUUGUCUUUAUUGGAUGGGUGUUUAUUUGAUCUUCUAAUUGGCUGAUCCAGAACCUGAUCAGCAGGGAUGAACACCAGUAUCCUUUUCCCAAAUCUAAAUCCAAUAGAAGAUCAAGAGCAGCUAUUAUGUUGAACAUAUUCGUGGAAUAUCUAAUCCAGUCGAAGCUGCAGCAGGCUGCAAACAAAUAGUGGUGGCUGUGACACCUUGUUGAAGGAUUGGUAGGAGGUUGAUGCUUGAUGCUUGAUGAAGUAAAAGUACAGGAAGAUUUACUCAGUUCAGUGCCACAGGAAUGUGAUCAGUUUUGCAAUACAGACAUGUUCCCACUCUUUUGUUUGGGGAACUGAUGACUACAUCGGUCGCCCAUUCUGUAAGAUGGUCUUAACACUUAAUCUUAUUUACCCAGAUGCUUCUGCUUCA